AUUGGAUCAUGGUGCGUGAUUGGUGGGAGAGCUACCUUACCGAAGACCCCCAAGUGUCUUUCGCCUGCUUCUGCUCCUCAGUUCUGCUUCUUGCAAUUACAGAUUCAGCCCAAACGACAACCGUACAACAACGGCAAGACUGUUAGAUCUGUGCCCGAGCCGACACUCCUGAAACCUUGCGACUGGCCUAUUACGAGAGAGCGGAAACGUAGAACAAACAUGAGGAUCACACGAUGCCUGUACAACAGCAGGACGGCCCUACAUAGGGUCUUCGUCUCGCCUUUUGAAAAGGUCGAAUCGAUUUCGCGACGAAGCGCUCUUCUGAACCCAGUCUCCAGAGCUCUGCCAACAAUUCUGUCACCGCCGCUCCAAGGUUUCGCACGCCACGCCGCCCUGAUUCCCCGGUUCAAGAAGAAGAGGCCAUCGACAUCAGACACAGUAUCCGACGCUGCUAAGCCAGGUCAGCUUCCCCAGGACAGGGCGAUCUCUGAUCGUGAAGUCAUGGUCGUCGACGGGAACAACAAGCUCACCGGCCCGCACAACACCCGAACGUUCCUAAGGUCGCUCGACCCCGAGACGCAAUCCCUCCGGAUGGUCUCCCGACCGCCCCCGCGCCCUGCGCCAGGCCAGCCGCCGUUUGCAAUCUGCCGCAUUGUCGACAAGGUUGCCGAGAAAGAGAAAGAGAGGGCGCUACAAAAGACCAAGAAGGAUAACGCGCGCAGACUGGCGAGGGUCAAGGAGCUGGAGUUCAACUGGGCCAUCGCGCCGCACGAUAUGGGCCACAAGAUGAAGCAGAUGAAGACGUUCCUGGAAAAGGGGUACAAGGUCGAGGUUCUCUUUGCCAAGAAGAAGGGUAGCAGAAUCGCUACGACGGAGGAGGCCGGCGCGCUCGUACAGCAGGUCCGGGAUGCCGUGGCGGAGGUUGCAGGUGCCAGAGAGUACAAGGACGCCGAAGGGCAACUGCGCAAGGUUAUGAGGCUGCACUUGGAGUCGACGGCGAAGCCUGCAGCGAAGGCUGCUCCGGUUGCAGAGGCCUCGGUUGCAGACGCUACGCGGGAAGCCUCGACCUGAUGUAGACUGGACUACUUGGGAAUCGGGGUGGUUGAGCUGCGCUCGAAGACUGCAUAGGACGGCAUGUACGAUUCGGACAGAAUCGCUGUUGACUUGUACACUAGAACCUCUUUGGAAGGCUUGUACAAUAGAAAGGUAGUAGAAAAGGGCGCAUCGUCUAGAUAGAGCGGCCCUGAUACCUACUUGUAUCUCAUUCACCUUCGCCAAGUUCUUUGUCUUCUGGAUGUUGGGAUCGAGUGACAACGUAA